CGCCUCUCACAGUCUCCACCACCACUCGCCUCCAUUCUCACGACUAUCCUCGGCUCCUACCACUCCCGCAGUGCCCCCAACAGCAACCACCACCACCACCGCAGCAACCAAACACCUCGACGCCUGGCUGAAGCUGAACGGCUCGUGCCCGGUUUCCAGGAACUUGCCGCUACCAACCCCGCUGUCCACGCCGCUCUCGGAGGUCGUUUCACUCUCGCAGUACGCCGCGGAUCGAAGGCGGAGGAGGAUAUUACAUUUACAAACUGUAAAAGCAGCCAGCCGAAUCCUUCUUCCCCAACGGCAACAAUGGACUUGUCAUCGGAAUGGAAGUCCCUCUUCCCAAUCUCCACAGUGCACGCCCCUCCACUCCUCCUCUCCGGGCCUUCCUCCAAACCCAUCCUCGGCCCUCUUCUCUUCAACCCUAUUCCCCGAACCUUAACCCUCCUCUUCUCUUCCCCUUCCCUCUUCCCCCGCUCUCUCCCCCCUCCUCCCCUCCUCUCUCUGCCCAGAUUCCUCCAAACCUCCUCUCUCCCCCCCUCUACUUCCUCCACCGUAGCUUCCCAACUUGGCCCCCUCCAAAACGACGCCGCUUCCCAUCUCCUCCAUAAUCGCCUCUCUUUCCUUCAACUUCCCUGUUCCAACUCUCUUCUCGUCUUCUUCCCAACCGGUGCCAACUCCGAGCAAGUCGGGUUCUUGAAGCUGUCCGUGAACGGUUCGGGGUCGGGUUUCGACGUACAGGCCGAUAGAAACGGCGAUGUUUUCUGGGAAAGGACCGGGUUCGAGUAUCGGAUUAUUAGGAUCUCGGUCAACCCGGCGGUCGGUUCGGGUGCAAUUCCGGCAGGUAAUUCGGGUUCCUUUGUUAGUGUUGGGUAUGUGAUGGCUUCUACGUUGUAUUCUGUGCAUUGGUUUGUUGUGAAGGUUAAAGGGCUUGGUUUGAGUCCGGAGAAGCCGGAUUUGGUUUGUUUGGGGAGUAAGGUGUUUAAGAGUUGCUCUGUUGUGUGGGCUUGUUGGAGUCCACAUUUGUUGGAGGAGAGUGUGGUUCUGUUGGAGAGUGGCGAAUUGUUCUUGUUUGAUUUGGAGUCUUGUUCAAAAGCUGGUGCUUCAAAUGCACGUUUUAGAGGGACUAGGUUGCGGGUUCCAUGGGAUGAUGAUUCGGGGGCUCAUAAAUGGUUGUGUUGUGAGUUCAGUUGGCAUCCUAGGAUUUUAGUUGUUGUGCGGUCCAAUGCGGUUUUUUUGGUCGAUUUGAGGUUUGAUGAAUGUGUUGUGAGUUGUUUGGCUAAGGUUGAGAUGUUGAGAUUGUAUGCAAAUGUUAAAAAUGAACAGUUCCUUACGUUUACGAUGGUGGAUUGUGAUCGCUUUUGUUUUGUGCUGGCUUCGGAUAGUUUGUUGAUUCUUUGUGAUGUGCGGAAGCCGAUGGUGCCGGUGUUGCAAUGGGGUCAUGGUCUUGAUAAGCCUUGCUACAUUGAUGUGUUUCGAUUGACAGAAUUGAGAUCGAACUCGAGGGAUGAUACAUAUAGGUGGGCUUCAGAAUCAGGUUUUUGCAUUAUAUUGGGAUCUUUUUGGAAUUGUGAGUUUAAUCUCUUUUGCUAUGGACCUACUUCACCAGCCCCCAGAGAUUGCAUUGCUUCUGAAGUUUUGGAAGUUUUGAAAACUGUUUAUGCAUGGGAGCGUCCUUCAGAUCUCUUAUUGUCAGGUCACGAUUGUCGGUGUGGAAGCUGUCUCAUAAGAGAGGAGUUUUUGAAGGAUGAUCUUCCUGAAUGGAUUGAUUGGCAGCAGAAGAAAGUAAUAGUUUUGGGUUUUGGCAUCCUAAACAGGGGUUUAUCUUCGCUACUUUGUGGGUCAGAUGAAUUUGGUGGUUUUACACUGAUAAGGCUUAUGUCUUCAGGGAAACUUGAAUUACAAAGAUAUUGUGCCUCGUGGGAUUCCAUAAAGAAGUUGAAAGAAUUUCAUAGAGAAUUGUUGCAUUUUGAAGACAAUUUUCUCUAUAUUCAGGAGGACGAGGAAUACAGAGCUCCCAGAUUUAAGUACCUGAAACUCGAUAACCUCUUUGCAUAUAUAAAUGGUAACCUUAGUAAAGUCCUAGGUUCAAAAAUGAAGAAGCCUUUUAAGGGUCCUCAAGAGAAGAACUCUUUUAGUACAGAAUCUCAUGAAAUUUUGUGUGAGAAGUUGAAGGCUUGUGGGUUUGGUCGAUUGAGGUCAUCUCCUGCCGUUGCAGUUGUUUUUAAUGGCAUCAGUUCGCCAACAAGCAUCCAUGAGGUUGCUUUGAGGAGAUUGUGGGCAGGACUGCCAAUGGAACUAUUGCAGCUGGCCUAUUCCAACUACUCUGAGUUCCUUGAAGUACUUGUGGACCAGAAAAAGGUAGCUUUGGAAUUUCCAGUUGUUCCAGACCUACCUCAGUUGCCACCUUUCUUCUUAAGAAAGCCUUCAUGCCGUAGCAAUAAGUGGUCACAGAAAGUGCAGCGAGAUGAUGCUCUUGUGGGUCCAGUUCUUCCUCUUCCUGUUCUACUUACACUUCAUGAAUAUCGAAAUGGCAAUUCUGAUAUGGAAGAAGCAGGAGGAUUUUCAUUAGAGAGGGAACUUAACCUGCAAUAUGAUGAAGUUAAGCAGGUGGCCAGUGAAAUGGCUGUGUCAGAUUCUAGUGUUGAGCUUCAUGAUGACCCUGCUGUCUCCCUUGCUGAUGACAGAGAAGAUAUGUGGGGUGUCUCUCAAAAACCAAAACCUUUCUGUUUAUACCAUCCAGUUGCAUUGUGCUCUACCAUGGAUCAAGGGAAGGGAAAUGUCUCUGAGGACAAGAAAUUUGAUAUCAUGAUUUUUAAAGUGCCUGAGAAGAAGCAAGUUCCUAAUGGCAACGUUUCCGACCCAUACAAAAGGUGUAACGAUCUAGGCACUCUCUUGGAGAGAGACUCGGAAACUGUUGGACUAGAACUGUUUGAUGAGCUGUGCUCCAGCGAGUUGCGGUUUGAUGCUUCUGUUAAGAACUUUGGGGCAAAAGAAUUGAAGGCAUACAAUGUUUUAAAGAGGCAAUGGUCCAAAUGGCAAGAUGGUUUUAAUUUAUAUCAGGAAUUUUGCAGUCCAACUAAAUUCAAAAAGCAAUCUACAUGAUUCGACUGAGACAGACUUUACGGGGUUGGAUGUGGACCCUUCUGCUGACAUCUUUCCUGAGCUACACUUAACUCCACUGGCUCAGAUGUAGCACCAUCUGUUCAUGCUGAUGAUGUUGCAGAUGAUAGACUGGGUUCCUCAGGAUUGGAUUUGGAUCCAUUAUAUGAUGAUAUUCCUGAUCCUCUUGCAAGUAAAUCUAAGGCUGGUGGCAAGUUUAAACCCAAGGCUAAAUCCCGCUCUGGAAACAAAACUUCUACAUCAAUCCCAUCAGCUCCAAUUGCUACAGAGGAAAAGGCUAUUAGACUAAUCUCCACAGGCUUAGACACAGCACAAUAUGCUCAGCCAGUUGUAGCAGAAAAUAAAUUGACAAAUGGGGAUGGUAUGUCUGUAGCUACCUUGGAGAUUGUGGGUACUAAACAGCCUUCAAAAGACGAUGAAGGUUCAAUUUCUGACAAGCUUGUGACUGGAG